AUGCAGACAUCUAAUAGAUUACGGACAGCUCUUUUGGAGGGAAAGAAGGCAUUUGGCGCUUGGCAGAUGCUUCCCGGUGCAAACGUUUCCCGAGUAUUGGCAAGGUCGGGAGUUGAUUGGGUCUUAGUAGACUGCGAGCAUGGGAACUUGGAUGAUGGUGCCAUGCACGAUGCCGUCCCUGCAAUUGCGGCUACAGGGGUUUCGCCCAUUGUGAGAUUGCCUGAUAUGCAAGGAUGGAUGGUAAAGCGUGCACUCGACAGCGGAGCUCAUGGUAUUGUUGUGCCUUUGCUGAGAACGCCUGAAGAAGCGAGACAGCUCGUGCAAUCUGCCAAGUUUCCGCCUCUAGGCCGUCGAGGUUUCGGGUCACCAAUUGCUCCAGAGCGAUUCCACCCCGAGCCGAGCUUCUCAGAGUAUCUCCAGCAAGCAAAUGAUUCUCUUUUGACCAUUGUUCAAAUUGAGACCAGGGAGGCACUUGAGUCUAUCGACGAGAUUGCUGCUGUUGAUGGCAUCGAUGUGUUAUUCAUUGGACCGUUCGAUCUUGGAAACGCCCUCGGCCACCCCAUUAUCGCAGGAGUCAUGGCCACGGAACUGAAAGAUGCCAUUGCCAAGAUCCUUGCUGCGGGAAUUGAAGUAUCUUUAGGUUGUGGGAAAGAGUUUACCGAUCCAGAUGAGAAGUGCGAGUACCACCCUGGUCCGCCCAUUUUCCACGAGGGGCAGAAAGGAUGGAAAUGCUGCAAGCCCCGUGUCUUGACCUUUGACGAGUUUAUGGAUAUUCCUCCCUGUACGACAGGCACACACUCGACCACCGACAAGCCGCCUCAGCUUGAGGAGAAACCCAAGCAGGAUGAUGCUGCCCUCGCCCAGAAGAUAGAUGCUCUGAACGCCGCCACUCCGUCUCGUGCACCGAUUCCAACUGCCCAGCACGCUCCUACUCCACCCCCACCUGCUCCCGAGUCGGAAGAUGAUGACCCCAGUAUUGAGAUCGCGGACGGUGUUGGCUGUAAGAGAAGGGCAUGCGGCGUAACAUACAAGAAGGGUAGCUCGAGAGAUGACGAGGAGUGUGUUCACCAUCCAGGAGUACCAAUCUUCCAUGAGGGGAGCAAGGGUUACUCCUGUUGCAAGAGGCGAGUGUUGGAGUUUGAUCAAUUCAUGAAGAUCGAGGGAUGCAAGACAAAGAACAGACACUUGUUUGUCGGCAGUGGUAAGAAGGAUGGCGCCGGUAGUGAGGAGGUCGUCUCCAGCGUCAGGCAUGACUUUUACCAGACCCCAGUCAGUGUUAUUGCAUCCUUCUUCUUGAAGAAGAUCGACAAGAGCACAGCCAAGAUCGAGUUGCAGCCAAAGCAACUUAACCUGGACCUUACAACAACCGACUCGCCCCCCAAGCGCUAUACAGCAGAAGUCCCCCUCUUUGCGCCGAUCGACCCAAAGAAGUCAUCGUACAGAGUGCUCGGCACGAAGCUAGAAUUCGUUCUCGCCAAAUCUGACGGCACCUCGUGGCCAGUGUUGCGGGGAGACGAGGCCCUGACAGGCGAGAUUCUCCAGGUCGGCCGUGCUGGAAGGGCUUGA